AUGACAACAUCGUCCCAACUCGCCUUCUCCAUCCACGACGGCAGCCUCGACGUCGGGGGCGCUGUCCUGCUCUCUGGCGUUCCGUCCAACGUCACGCUCAGCUCUUUCGAGUUCGACAAGUCCUGCUGCGAUGCGCCACCGCAUCUGCUCGACCAGGCCACCGCCACCGCCGCCGCUGGCCGUGGCGCCUUCCUCGGCUUCACAGCUCCGGACGCCACCGACCGUGCACCAUGCCGUCUCGGCCAGCUUCUUAACCGCAAGUUCCUGAGCGUGUUUCGGUUCAAGACGUGGUGGAGCACCAUGCGCGCCGGCGAGCGCGGCCGCGACGUGCAGCCUGAGACGCAGUGGCUGCUCCUUGACGCCCCCGAGCUCGGCCCCGGCGGAUGCGUCUUCGUGCUCCCCCUUGUGCAGGGCAGCUUCCGCUCCGCCAUCUUUCCCACCUACGGCGCUGGCGACGAGGACGACGGCGUCGUGCUCUGCGCCGAGAGUGGCUCGCCGGCCGUAACGGGCUCCGACUUCCGCCGCAUUGCCUACGUGCACGCCGGCACCGACCCGUACGUCGUUAUGCGCGAGGCCUACCUGGCCGCCCGAGUCCACCUCGGCACCUUCAAGCUCAUCGAGGAAAAGGCCCUGCCGCCCAUUGCGGAGCGUUUUGGGUGGUGUACGUGGGACGCGUUCUACCUCACAGUCGACCCCGUCGGCGUCUGGCAGGGCGUGUCCGAGUUCGCGGACGCUGGCGUGCCGGCUCGCUUCAUAGUCAUCGACGACGGCUGGCAGAGCGUGAACCGCGACGACGACCCUGCGCACGCCGACGCGCGCGGGCUCGUCCUCGGCGGAGACCAGAUGACUGCGCGCCUCCACCGCUUCGACGAGUGCGAGCGAUUCCGCCGCUACAGAGAGGGCGGCAGCGGCGACAAUGGCGGCGAUGUAGGGCUGAAGGCGUUUCUGAAGGACAUGAGGCAGAAGUUCCCAGGGCUGGACGACGUGUACGUCUGGCAGGCUCUGUGCGGCGCUUGGGGCGGCGUGCGUCCUGGCGCGACGUCCCUGGACACUGUCAUCGAGCCAGCGCGCCUAUCCCCCGGCCUGGCGGGCACCAUGGAGGACCUUGCCGUGGACCGUAUCGUGGAGGGUGGCAUCGGGCUCGUGCAGCCCCACCACGCCGGCAAGCUCUACGACGCCAUGCAUUCGUACCUCUCCGGCGCCGGGAUCACGGGCGUGAAGGUGGACGUCUUCAACACCCUGGAGUACUUGUGCGCCGACCAUGGCGGCCGCGUGGAACUCGCCAAGGCCUACUACGCCGGGCUGUCGGACUCCAUCGCCGCCAACUUCAGCGGCACGGGCAUCAUCGCCAGCAUGCAGCAAUGCAACGACUUCUUUUUCCUCGGUACGCGUCAGGUCUCCAUGGCGCGCGCUGGCGACGACUUCUGGUUCGACGACCCCAACGGCGACCCCAUGGGCGUCUACUGGCUGCAGGGCGUGCACAUGGUGAACUGCUCCUACAACAGCCUGUGGAUGGGCCAGUUCGUGCGCCCCGACUGGGACAUGUUCCAGUCCGACCACGUCUGCGCUGCCUUCCAUGCGGCCUCCCGCGCCGUCUCUGGCAGCCCCAUCUACGUCAGCGACUCCCUCGGCGGCCAUGACUUCGCACUGCUCAAGACGCUUGUCUUCCCGGAUGGCACCCUGCCCCUCUGCCUGCACUACGCGCUGCCCACUAGAGACUGCCUUUUCAAGAAUCCUCUCUUUGAUCAGGAGACCGUUCUCAAGAUGUGGAAUCUUAACAAGUUUGGAGGUGUGAUUGGGGCCUUCAACUGCCAGGGAGCGGGGUGGGACCCUGCGGAGCGACGUAUCCGUGGCUAUGCACACUGCUACAAGGCGAUAUCUGGCACCGUGCAGCCCUCCGACGUCGAGUGGGGGCAGAGGGAGGACACUGCGGCAAUGGCCAACGCUUCAGAGUACGCGGUAUACAAGCACCACUCUGGGGAGCUGGUCCUGAUGACCAGAGAGUCUGAUCCCAUCAACUUCGCCCUGCAGCCAUCCUCAUACGAGAUCUUCACCUUCGCUCCCGUGAUGCUGCUGGCCGGUGGUGUCAAGUUCGCGCCCGUCGGGGUUGUUGACAUGCUUAACUGCGGCGGCACCAUUGUCGAUGUCGAAGGCCAUGGUGAUGUGAGGGUGAGGGUGAAGGGGGCUGGCAAUCUGGUGGUGUACUCCUCGGUGAGACCGGCGAGGAGCUUGGUGGAUGGCUGUGAUGUUGCGUUCGAAUGGGGAAAUGGCGGGAAGCUGGAGGUUUCUGUUGCUUGGAAGCAGGACAAGGAGGGCGUCUGUGACGUGGUAUUCUGCUUCUAG